AUGGCGACCCUCUCGGACAACAUUAACAACGGCGGCCAACCCGAUUUCUCGUCCGAUCAAGCAGCAAUUCUCCGCGAUAUUGCCAGGAAUGGUGCCGGCGAUGAAGCCAGCGCCUAUGGCUUCAGCGAUGCGGGAUCCAAUGGUCAUUCAAGUGGGCUCUCCAAUAGCUUGCAUGACCUAGAGGACCCCGCGGCCUUGCUGGAGAGUCUGGCCAAUUUUGAACAUGGCCCAUCCGGCAACGAAGCCAAUACCGCCGUGUCCAACGAUCACUUUGCCAGCCUCCUCCAAGCUGCUGCGACAGCGACUGGAGAAGAAGCCGCACAGACGGGGCACGAUCAGAGUAGGCGGAGUACAGUGCAAUCCACGACGCCGGAACAAUAUGGCUUUCCUCAGAGUCCGCCCGGAUCUGCUCAGAGAAAGCGCAAGCGGCAUGAGCGAGAUGACGACCAGUCAUUCGGGUUCAUAACGAGUAAGCAACGAAGACGUUCUAGCCCGGAGGACGAGGAACAACAACUGGCCAGGGAACGUGAGAUAUGGGGCCCGGAGGAUAAUGAGGAUGAGGGGGGUUCGCCGGCUUUGGAGUACCAACAGACACCCAUUGCGACCGCCGAUGCAAGAGCUGUGGGGGUGCAUUCUGCUGCGGCCCUAUUCCGACGACCCUCUACGGCGUCAAAGAAAUAUACCAGACCGCCCAUGUCCAAGCUCUUUACUUCCCUAGAAUUAACACCAGAACAAUUCCUUCACCUGCAGGCAGCUGCAAAGAAUUAUAUGUUGGACGAAAAAUAUCCAGAACGGAGCGAGUGUGUUGGCAAUCGAGGGAGAGGUGAUACGGAUAUGAUAAAGUUAAAACUGUUUGGGUGUGUGAAAUCAUUUCUCGAGGACGAAGGCUGGGGUGAGAGGUGUUUCGGAGAGAAUGCGCCAGGGGCUGACCAGAGGAAGUUGAAAUGGCCACAGAUGAAAAACAAGGUCAUAUCGCUUGUCACUCCGCUGAUGCGUCGUAUGGUCACCAACGAGAGGCAACGUAAGUAUGCCAUAGAGAGUAGGAAGAACGCCGCAAAGGCAGGAGGUAGGCGGCAGCACGAGCAGGGCUCGGCAACUCCCCAAGGUAGCACUCCACAGCCCGAUGGGCAGUCACAGUUACUCCCAACCUCAUCAGUCCAGGAUAUCGACCCGAAACUCAAUCAAUACCACUACAAUCUCGAUUCUUCACUCCCGCCAGAGGACCGACCGACUACAGCAAACACAACCAGAGCUACGUCGGUAUUUGCUAAGAAGGCGGCUGAAGGCGAGGGUCUCAAGUACCACGUGAGCAUCAUGCAUGAGGGGCGGCGACUCAUGCCUAGGUUUACCUUGACACCGAGCACGUGCCCUGGAUUCUCGAGCCUAGUCCAACACAUUCACAGCAUCAUGGACGACGAAGGUCGAAAGGUCAGUAGCGUCAAGAUCCUGGGUCCAAGCGGCUUGGUAGAUGUGAGUGAUGAGGACACAUGGAGGGAGGCUAUCGAAACAGUCAAACAAACUGAAUGGAUGGAUGGCGAGGCCAAAUGUGUCGUCCAUGUAGAAUAGACCCGCAAGUGCGGUCUUAAGGGGUAUGGUAUCAUAGAGGUGCUUCUGGUGUAAUCCGAAGGGACUCUUCCUUUGACAAUGUCUAGUGGCAAUUUCAGGCUUUCGAAGUAACGGAUGGUGCUUACGAUUGACCACGACAAGCCGGCUAUGCAAUCCGGCAGUGUAGAUACAGAUAUGUAUGAACUUAUAGCCAGUGCUCGACCAAGGUCGCGCUAUAUCUGGUAUCAGCAGAAUCUCUCCUAGCUAGGUAUAGAUAGAUAAACUCACAUGUCACACUCGUCGUCCCCUAUCCCUUGACUCGAUAAAUUGCAGCUCCUCUGGCGUGACCGAGAUCUCUUGGCGUUCACUCUCUCCUCUUCAAGAUGCCGAUAACCAACCACCUCUUCCUCUCUGUAACAUCCUCAAUGCCUCG